AUGGAUAACGUAGAAGAUUUCAUGCACGUCGUUGAAAACAAGAAGGGUGCAACGAAAUCGAAAAGAAGACAAUUAGGGUUGUCGUGCAUGCUGAACACCGAAGUUAGCGCAGUUAUAGCAGUGGUUCGUCGUCCAGAUUGUAUUCAUCUCUACAACCUAUCUAACUCGGAAGAAGCCUACGACUCUUCCCUCAUCAGUUCCUUAAGAUCCCUUCGUUCUCUCAUUUUCAACCCUCAGCAAGAGUGGCGCACCAUCGACCCUACCAUCUAUCUUACGCCCUUCCUUGAUGUUAUUAUAAGCGACGACGUUCCGGCGGCGGCCACCGGCGUUGCUCUCUCCGCGGUUCUCAAGAUUCUCAAGUUCGAAGUGUUCGAUGAGAAGACACCGGGUGCAAAAGAGGGUAUUGAGUCUGUUGUGUCUGGGAUCACCAGCUGCAGGCUUGAGAAGACCGACCCGGUUUCCGAGGAUGCCGUGAUGAUGAAGAUAUUGCAGGUUUUAACCGGGAUAAUGAACCAUAGAGCUUCCGAUUUGCUCUCCGAUCAAUCUGUUUGCACCCUCAUCAACACUUGCUUUCAGGUUGUUCAACAAUCCGCAAGUAGAGGAGAUUUACUGCAGAGGAAUGCGAGGUACACCAUGCAUGAGCUUAUCCAGGCUGUGUUUAAAAGGUUACCAGAGAUUGAAGCUAAGGAUAGAGAAGGGGACUCAGAAUCUGACAUGGAGGAUGGUGAUGAGGGUGGUGGUUUGGAAUCUGGCUACGGUAUUCGUUGUGCCAUUGACAUAUUUCACUUCUUGUGCUCUUUGUUGAAUGUUGUCUCCAUAGUUGAGGCAGAUGGGUCUACUACUCACACUGCUGAUGAAGAUGUUCAGAUUUUUGCUUUGGUUUUGAUAAACUCGGCUGUAGAACUUAGUGGGGAGGAGAUAGGAAAGCACCCAAAGCUCUUGAGGAUGAUCCAAGAUGACUUGUUUCACCAUUUGAUCUACUAUGGGAUAUGGUCUAGCUCCUUUGUGCUCUCCAUGAUUUGCAGCACUGUGUUAAAUGCCUUUCACUUUCUCCGCAGGUCUAUCCGGUUCCAACUGGAAGCAUUCUUUUCAUACGUGCUGUUCAGAGUUGCAAGUUUUGGGAGCACAAUUGCGCUUCAAGAAGUAGCAAUUGAAGGAAUAAUAAACUUCUGCAGACAGCCAACAUUCAUCGUUGAAGCGUAUGCAAACUUUGAUUGUGAUCCAUGUUGUCGGAAUGUGUUUGAGGAGAUUGGGAGGUUACUCUGCAAGCACUCAUUUGCACUGAAUGGCCAUGUCACAAGUUUGCACAUUCAAGCCUUUGAAGGACUAUUGAUCAUGAUCCACAACAUUGCAGAUAACAUUGACAAAGAUGGUUCAUCAGGUUCUUUAGGUGCAUACUCAAUUCAAUUGCCUGAGUAUAGACCCUUUUGGGAGGAGAUGGAUAAAGAAGAUGACUUGGAAGCUUGGGUUGAACAUGUAAGGCUCAGAAGACUUCAGAAAAAGAAACUGUUAAUUGCUGCAAACCAUUUCAACAGAGAUAACAAAAAGGGUCUUGAAUACUUGAAACAUGCCAAGUUAAUCUCUGAUCCUCCUGAUCCAAAGGCUCAUGGUAACUUCUUUCGUUACACUCCAGGCAUAGACAAGAAAACAAUAGGGGAAUUUCUCGGAGACCCUGAUCCAUUCUACCUCAAAGUUCUCAAAGAAUUCACUGACACUUUCUAUUUCCAAGGAAUGAGUCUUGACACUGCUCUUAGAUUUUAUCUAGAAAGUUUUCUGCUGCCAGGAGAGUCACAAAAGAUUCAACGCAUACUUGAGGCAUUUGCUGAGAGAUUCUAUGAUCAUCAAUCCUCAGACAUGUUUGCAAGCAAGGACACUGUUCUCAUCUUGUGCUACUCUCUCAUCAUGCUCAACACUGAUCAGCACAACCCCCAAGUGAAGAAGAAGAUGACAGAAGAGGAAUUCAUCAAGAACAAUAGAGCAAUCAAUGCAGGCCAGGAUCUGCCUAGAGAGUACCUCUCUGAGCUUUUUCAAUCCAUUUCCACUUGUGCAUUUUCCCUUUCUCAAACCACAGUUUCACUAGACAUGAGUCCAAGUAGGUGGAUUCAGCUCAUAAACCGAUCCAAAGUGAUGCAACCUUUCACACCAUGUGGCUAUGACCGCAGAGUAUGCAGAGACAUGUUUGCCUGCAUUGCUGGUCCUUCAGUGGCUGCUCUUUCAUCGUUCUUCGAGCAUGCUGAGGAAGAGGAGUUACUCCAUGAGUGCAUUGAAGGGUUAUUCUCAGUUGCAAGGAUUUGCCAGUAUGGACUAGAGGAUACCCUUGACGAACUCAUAACCUCCUUCUGCAAAUUCACAACACUACUAAACCCUUAUGCUUCUAUUGAAGAAACCAUGUUCUCGUUUAGUCAUGAUAUAAAGCCAAGAAUGGCAACAGUUGCUGUUUUCACCGUAGCAAACUACUUCAGAGACUCAAUUCAAGGGGGUUGGAAGAACAUAGUAGAUUGCUUGUUAAAACUCAAAAGGCUUAAACUAUUACCCCAACCUGUGAUCGAUUUUGAUGUGGAUGCACCAACAACACCUGAAUCAGGAGCCAUGUCUCCAACAGAUGGUCAUAAAGUUGGGUACCAGAGAAUUGCUAGCAUGAUCACUCGUUUUUCCAAUCUUUCAUCAGAUGGCAUGGACGAUGGUUUGACCCUUGGUAGUGAAUUUGAACAGAACACCAAAAUGAUCAAACUGUGCAAAAUCGGUAGCAUCUUCAGCAACUGUUCAAACAUCCCCAAAGAAUGCUUACAAAGCCUUGGAAGAUCUUUGAUCUUUGCAGCAGCUGGAAAAGGCCAAAAAUUUAGCACCCCAGUGGAGGAAGAGGAAACAGUUGAGUUCUGCUGGGAUUUGAUCGGUGCAAUAUCAGUAUCCAAUGUACACAGAUUCCAAGUUUUCUGGCCAAGCUUCCAUGAUUAUCUUCUAUCAGUUGCUCAAUUUCCCAUGUUCUCUCCAAUCCCCUUUGCAGAAAAAGCUAUGCUAGUACUUCUCAAGAUCUGUCUCAAGCUCUUUUCUGCGCUAAGAGAGGACAAACUAGUUGAGGAACUUAUAUUCAAGUCCAUAACCUUAAUGUGGAAGCUUGACAAAGAAAUCCUCGACACAUGUCACGAUGUAAUAGCACAAACAAUUAGCAGAGUACUCAUUGAAUACCCUGCAAAUGUGCAGACACAAAUCGGAUGGAAAUCAGUGCUGAAUCUGUUAUCAGUUGCAUGGAGACAUCCUGAUACAUAUGAUGUUGGAAUUGAGGCUCUCAUAGCAUUGUUCUCUGAUUGCACCUACAUUUCAAGAGCAAACUACGCAUAUUGCAUAGAUUGUGCCUUCGGUUGUUUCUUAGCCAAGAACAGUCCAAUAGACAAAAAGAAAAAGAUUCUGGAUUUGUUGGCUGAUUCAGUAACCCUUUUGAUUCAAUGGCACAGAGGCCAAUACUCGGAUCCGGGAAGCAAUCCGGGAAGCUGCAACAGCGGUUCCUCCAUUGACGAGAAUUUGAGAGGUCCUUCUUCCGGAAACUACAACAUGAACCUGUUUGUGAAACUCGGAGAAGCAUUCAGAAGGACAAGUUUGUCAAGACAGGAAGAGAUAAGAAACCAUGCAGUUUAUUCUUUGCAAAAGAGUUUCAAUCUAGCUGAGGAUCUUCUUUUCAUCUCAUCAAACUGCAUCAACUACUUCAACCUUGUGAUUUUUGCCAUGGUUGAUGAGCUUCACGAGAAGAUGUUGGAGUAUUCAAGGAGGGAAAAUGCAGAAAGAGAAACAAGGAGCAUGGAAGGUACCCUUAAGCUUGCAAUGGAGCAUUUAUCUGAUAUGUACUUGCAAUCAUUGAAACAAAUAACAGAGUCUCCAGCAUUUAGAACAUUCUGGUUAGGCAUAUUGAGAAGAAUGGACACAUGCAUGAAAGCUGAUUUGGGACAGUAUGGUCAAUCAACUUUGAGUGAUAUAAUCCCAAAUUUGUUGAGAAAGAUCAUAACUCAGAUGAAGGAAGAGGGAAUUUUGGAGCCAAGAGAAGAUGAUGAUAUGUGGGAGAUUACGUAUAUUCAGAUACAAUGGAUAUGUCCUCCUCUCAAGGAUGAAUUGUUUCCAUUGUAG